AUGCUCGAACGGGUCACUUUAUCCACUGCCGCAAGGCUAUACACGAGGCGUAUAGGCAACAACCACCGUACUGCAUUCGCUCUCAGAAAUUCCCCGUCGGACGUGAUGGGAUCCUCCACAAAGGCUGAGCCUCAAAGACCAGUCGACCUAGAUGGGAGAGUGGGAGAAGGCGGCGGCCAGCUAGUACGCAUUGCAACGGCAAUAAGUGCAAUUACUGGCACGCCGAUCCGCAUACAUCAUGUGAGAGCGAACAGAGCCAGAGGAGGUCGUGGUGGAGGUCUUAAAGCACAACAUGUUGCUUGUAUGAGAUACUUAGCAGAUGCCACAGCAGCAAAAUUGAUAGACUGCGACGUAGGCAGCAGCUCAGUUGAGUUUUGGCCGACACUGUCACCCCCUCAUCUCCUUAAACGAGAUGUCAAAAUCGUGUCGGACUCGGUGGGGAGUAUAUUGCUUGUGUUCCAAGCCCUCCUUCCUUUCCUCGUCAUGGCGAGCUCGACCGACAACACCCCUAUCACCUUGACAAUAGAAGGCGGUACCAAUGUCAGCUUCUCGCCAUCCUUCGAAUACGUCGACCAGGUUUUGCUGCCAGCCCUUGAAAGAUUUGGUAUCAGUGUAGAGCGAAAGUUGGAUUGCCGUGGAUGGUCUCAAGGCAGCCGACAAAUAGGCUCCAUUCGGUUCACAAUCAACCCUCUUCCAUUUGGCCAGACUUUGGAGUCUCCGGACUGGCCAUCAGAAAGAGGCGAAAUCGCCCAGAUUGAUGUCUCUAUGGUUGUUCCUGCAGCGAUGCAUGAUGAUAUGAAGAAGGCAUUUCUUGUGGAGCUGAACACUGUAUUCCCAGAGGUCAACGUCGAAGUCUUGCUAGUCGAGGACAGUGGGCACAAGGCGCGGAUGUAUGCUCUUCUUGUGGCACAUACGUCGACCGGUCUACGAUUCGGUCGAGAUUGGCUUUAUGACAAGACAUCGAAGAACAAAUCUCCAGAAGCGCUGAGCAUUGAAAUGGCUCGUGGGAUAGUUGCUGGUUUGGAGCGUACCGUUUGCAGAGGAGGUCUUGUGGAUGAGCAUCUCCAAGAUCAGUUAAUCAUCUUUCAGACUCUAGCCGCAGGGAUGUCAGUAAUCCCGGGCUCCUUGGAAACCUUGAAUUCGAGUCGGGAACGUGUUGAGAAGACCGAUGAACCAUUUGGAGACGGCACCAAACAUACCACUACGGCACGAUGGGUCACUAGUCAGGUACUGCCGACGGAAGUGAAAUGGAUUGACAGGGGUAGAGUCUGUCAUGGAGUUGGCUGGAAGAAUGAACCCUCGGAGAGUGGUAUUGUGGAGAAAAGCACAGGACGUAUAGUCACAUGA